UCUCCUGCCGCCGCUCCGCGUCCCCUGGGUGAUGGGGCCGUGGCAGCAGCAGCUGCUGCUGCUGCUGCUGCUCUCCACCAGCCGAGCCUCGGCCAUCGACACCGUGAACGUGGUGGAUUUCUGCGGCCAGACAAUCCGUGGUGAUGGCAUGAUUGUCAACUCCCACCAGGAAUCCAAGAAGUACUAUUUCGUGACCAUGGGGACCGACUGUCACCUCACCAUGCAUGCCAUCUCUCCAAAAGACAAGGUCCAGUUCUACUUCCGCUUCUUCCUGGUCUACAGCCUGCUGAGAGUGGCUCCCCUGAGCCCCGCCCCUUUCUUCCCAGAGUCCCCACAAGGCUCCGCCCCUCUCAACCCUCGACUCGAGCCCACCUCUGUCGAAAACCUGGGAGACCCAUGUCACGCCGGCUCAUAUGUUCAGUUUUAUGACGGCCGGGACAAGAGCUCGCCUCCUCUGGGGCCUCCUCUGUGUGGGAAGAGCCCACCCCGACCCGUGUUGUCCACAGGGAACUACCUGACUCUAAGGCUGGUGACCCGAGGCACUCAGCCCAGGGUGGACUUUGUGGGAGACUUCACCUCCUUCCGACUAGGUUUUAACCAUUCAGAGUGUAGCAACGAGCCCUACUUCACCUGCAGGAAUGGGAAGUGUAUCCCUGCCAGUCUAGUGUGUGAUGACAAAGGCAUCGACAACUGUGGGGACGGAAGUGACUUGGAGGAAAACUUGACUACAGGCUGCAAAGAAGGUCAGCUUUUACCUCCGGAGCCUCCCCCGCCGAUAGCAACCCCGCCCCCGCCCUUUGUGGAUCCGCCCACGGUUCCGGGCCCAACGCGGGUGAACUGCGGCGUGCCGGCCAGCGCUCCCAGUCGUGAGUCUGUGGCAGACUCUCCGACGUCCCUGUCCUGGCUGCUGCUCUACAUCCUGCUGGGCGUGGCGGCGGGCGGCGCCGUGCUCUGCUGGUGCUGCUGGUCGCCCGGCUGGUUCCUGUGGCGCGUCAGCGUCUGCCGCUUCCUGCCCUGCUGCAACUCGGCCUGCGCCUCCUGCCAGUUCUGCGCCCACAGCUGCGUCCGUGGCAGCGAGCACCGGCUGGCUAAAGUCAGCCCGCACAUGACCAUCGGCAGGACGCCGGUGGGCACGGCGGCCCCCGACACCACCGAGGACAACAUCCCCACGGUGGCCGUGUGACACACCGGCCCCGUCCAGCUGUGCAGCGGGGGGGGAUCCAGAUGUGGGGACAGUUUCCUGACGGGACUCGGGACAGUGGAGUCUGCUGCGGUUCUG